GGGGGCAAUCAAAAGGACCCUAACAACAUGUACCGGAAAUGUUAAGUGCAUGAAGUAAACAUUGGAGUUAAUGCUUAAAUGAUCUGACUUCCAGCUCUUUCAGACUCAUCACUCAGAGCGGAUAAAAUGAACGACAUCUCCCCUGAGGUGGCCCUUCACAGGAUCUCCCCUGAGCUGCGGCCCUUGCUGUGCAGCGUUGUGAGGAACGGCCGCGUGGGACUGGACUCCACAAACUGUCUCCGAGUCACAGACCUCAAAACUGGAUGUAUAUCUCUGACCCCCGGUCCCUGCUGUGAUCGCUUCAAACUUCACAUCCCCUACGCUGGAGAAACGCUGAAAUGGGACAUUAUAUUCAAUGCACAGUUUCCAGAAUUGCCUCCAGAUUUCAUUUUCGGAGAAGAUGCCGAGUUUCUUCCGGAGCCUUCAGAACUGCCACACUUGGUCCAAUGGGAUGCUGGGAACCCAGAGUGUUUGCUCCAGCUGGUGAAGGAGCUAAUCCAGCAGUAUCAUCAGUAUCAAUGCCAACGUCUACGUGAAAGCUCCCGGCUACUCUUUGAGUACGAUAGUCUGCUGGAAGAUCCCAACUAUGGCCGCAACAUGGAGAUUUAUGCCGGACGCAAGAACAGCUGGACGGGAGAGUUUUCAGCCCGUUUCCUUCUCAAGCUGCCUGUGGACUUCAGCAACAUCCCUGUCUAUCUCCUUAAGGACACAGCGUUGGACCCUGGAGAGGAUGUGGCCCUUCUCUCAGUGAGCUUCGAGGAUGCUGAGGCUACACAAGUCUUCCCUAAACUCUACCUUUCCCCCAGCAUCGAACAUGCUCUGGGAGGAUCCUCAGCACUCCAUAUCCCAGCAUUCCCCAGUGGAGGAUGCCUAAUUGACUACGUCCCUCAAGUGUGCCAGUUACUCAACAACAAGGUGCAGUAUAUCAUCCAGGGCUAUCACAAGCGGAGAGAGUACAUCGCUGCCUUCCUCAGCCACUUUGGAAUGGGCGUCGUCGAGUAUGAUGCAGUGGGAUUCACAAAACUCACCCUUCUACUAAUGUGGAAGGACUUUUGCUUCCUAGUACAUGUGGAUCUCCCACUGUACUUCCCCAGGGACCAGCCCACCCUCACCUUCCAGUCUGUGUACCACUUCACCAACAGCGGACAGCUCUAUUCUCAGGUGCAGAAGUCAUAUCCCUACAGCCCUCGCUGGGAUGGCAAUGAAAUGGCAAAGAGGGCCAAGGCGUACUUCAAGAGCUUCAUCCCUCAGUUCCAAGAGGGAGCCUUUGCCAACGGGAAACUCUAGUACUCUCUAGCUUAAUGACAUGCCUGGAGAGUUGCCUGUGUGAAUGUAAGUGUGUGGGUGUGGGUGUGUGUGUGUUUGUUCGAGCACGCCAUUGUGUACCUGUGUUUAAGUAUGCACAGACUUACAUUUGUGAAAUGUGCAGCACUGCAACAGUACGGUGAAAAUGGCUCUGUGAAUUUGACAUAGUCUGACCUUGAAAUGGUUGCCUCAUUUUAUUCAGUUGUUGUUUUAGUUUAGUUAAAAGACACUUGUGAAGAUUUCCAAAGACAAGUCCAGUCACUGCAACAUACUAGAACAAAAAGAAGUACCUGGAAAAAGUGAAUUUAUGAUCCAGUUACAAGAGAUUAAGUGAGAAUAGCAAAAACAAACAUUGCAUCACAUUUAACAAUUUUGUGGGAUCAGGCCGUGCUCACAACACUCGCUGCCGUGCUGUGAGAGACUUUUGCUGAUAUGUAAACAAUAUGUAAACUGUAACUACAUGCAAAUCAGAGCUGCAGUGAUGACGCAAAAUACCUUUGGUUUUCCUGUUUGAUGGUCUUAACCAUUGUUAGGUACGGCGCCACUGUUGACGUUAGAAAAACCUCAAAAUAAGUUUUGCCUUUUAAUUGUCUGUCUGUUCUAUUUGACUGUAUAAAGCCCUGUGAAGAUUGACAAUACUGUAAACUACUGAAGGUAAAAAUCUCAUCCAGUAAAGAUUUCUGUUUCCCCUGA